GACUCUCCUGCACCUCUUCCUCUGGCCCAGCUUGUGAAGACGGACAAUCUGGCUGAAGCCAAUGCUUCCGAAGAAGAGAAAAUAAAAGCUAUGAUGAUACAGUCUUGCCGUGAAUACGAUCCAAUCAAUUACAUGAAGAAACCCUGGGGUACACCUCCGCCAUCCUAUAUAUGCUUUCGUUGUGGAAAACCUGGCGACUACAUAAAGAACUGCCCAACGACUGGGGACAAAAAUUUUAAGCCUGUUCCCAGAAUUAAGAAGAGCACAGGAAUUCCAAGGAGUUUCAUGAUGGAGGUGGAAGAUCCCAAUACAAAGGGCGCUAUGCUGACAAAGAGCGGAACAUAUGCGAUACCACUUAUUAAUGCGGAAGCUUACGCUAGAGGAAAGAAGGAGAAGCCUCCCUUCUUACUAGGGGAGCCAUCCUCCUCCACCUCCUCAGACCCUGUUCCAGCUGAGUUGUUAUGUCUCAUUUGUAAAGAGAUAAUGACUGAUGCAGCCAUUAUUCCCUGCUGUGGAAACAGUUAUUGUGACGAAUGCAUCAGAACAGCAUUGCUGGAAUCUGAGGAACACACAUGCCCAACGUGUCAUCAGACAGACGUUUCCCCUGAUGCUUUAAUUGCCAACAAGUUCCUGCGCAAGGCUGUGAACAACUUCAGCAAUGGAACGGGCUACACAAAAGGGCUCCACCAGACCAUUCAGCAGCAGCAGCAGCAGCCGCCACCACCUCCACCACCAGACAUCUGGCUAGAAGUGCCCUGUAUGUCGGAUUGCCGCACAAUCCGUCUUUUGCCGUCCAAUUCUCCCUAUAGGGCUUCAUUUCACUCUAGAAGUUCGUAUACCCACGCCAAGUCAAGAUCAGGUUCUUCCCACUCUGGCUCCUACUCUCGAUCCAUUAGUCGUUCCCGUUCUCCUUCCUUCUCACGAUCACCACCCUAUCCAAGAAGAGGCAAAGAGAAGCGUCGUAACUAUCGCUCUAGGUCAAGGUCACACGGUUAUCACCGUUCAAGGUCACGGUCACCCCCAUACAGAAGAUACCAUUCACCAUCAAGGUCUCCAGCGUUUAGAGGCCAGUCUCCCACUAAACGGACUACACCUCAAGGGGAUGGAGAAAGGCAGUACUUGAACAGAUACUGAGAAGUUCCCCGCUAUGAUAUGAAAGUUUACCAUGGCAGAUCUGUUGACCUCAGAGAUCCAUCUGAAAAGGAGAGUUACAGAGAAUGGGGAAAGAACUAUAGAGAAUGGUAUGAAAACUUUUACAAGGGCUUUGCUGUUGGCGCUCAACCUCGACCACCAGUAAAUAGAGAGACCAUUUCUCCAGAUAGGUUUGGUCCACCUGGGACCGGACGAGAGAAUUUGCCAUAUGCUCGGGGAUGCAGGGAAGGCUAUCCUGGUGGGCAAAGCCACAGAAGUCAUAAUGGAGACGGACAUGACCCUGAAAAACCUCCUGGAAGAGCGCGCCACGGCAUCACAGAUCCACCAAAAUCAAAUAAGAAGGACAUGGAAUAUCCACUGGAAGAUGGCAAAGGAAAUGAAUGUAAAAAACACUGGAAGAGAAGGAAAGGGGACGAGAAUAAAGGAUUUCCCAAUGCUGAGUUUUUAGAAGGUACGAGAAAAGCAAGAGAGCCAGUAACAGCAGAAGACGUUAAAAGAGGCUCUCUGUUCACACUCCCAGACAGAGAUGACACCACCCCUGUGCGAGACGAGCCUUUGGAAGCAGAUUCUAUUGCUUUCCAAUCGGUGUCUGAAAAGGAGAAAAGAGAGAAGGACACGACAAAGAUGAAAGUAGAGGUGGCCGUUCCUCCCAAGAAAGACAACACAGCUAAAGCUUCCCAAGAGAAGCUGGACACCGAUCGUGAAGAAUCUCCCAGUAUUUCACAGGAACCUCCUGUGAAAAAAGUGAAGGAGGGGUUGCCAAGGAAUGAGAAGGCUCUUGUUACCCCAUGGAAAGUUCACCCAGAAUUGACAAAUGACCCAGAAACCAGGCCAGCCAAGGAGGAAAAGGCCAAGAAAGACCAUCCAAAAGAAACCAAGUUGGACAAGCCCUCCAACAAAGAGCAUAUCAAAAAACCUGCUGAAAACAGCAAACCUUCUGAUGCAAAACCCGAAAAAAGAAGAAGAGAAGGAGAUAAAAUGUUUGACAAGGACCAUCAUUGCGUUUUGUCAUCAAGACCAUGGAGCAGUAUAAUAAUGACAUAA